AUGACCGCAAGUGCCCGACUUUCUACUGUGCGGCCGGCUUUCGAGCUGGAAAUAGAAGUCGGAAGAAGAUUUCCUGUGCAACGCAGUGGCUCUUUUAAUGGGAAGUUUGGGCACCAUUGGCGUUGCGGCAAGAACAGUGUUGAUAGUCCGUCUAGACGGCAUAGGCAUUGCUCGUUGUCGGCCUUGCCAACAGUCUCUUGGCAUCAACAGCAGGGGAUACAUCUGGGCUUCGAUUGCACGGGACAUCGCGAAUCCACGAUCGUGUUUCGGCCCAUCAGGCUCUUUUGUAGCCUCCAUCGUAUACGUCGCCGCGGCAGCUACAAGGUUGUGCAUAUCUCAUGCGCCAGACACCCCGAGAAGCUGCAUAGCCAGCCCGAAGACGUUGGAGGCGCAACGCUUCUGCAUCGGCUCGAUCGUUGGGUCUGCACUCGAACGCAGGCCAUAGACGGCGUUGGCAUCGACACGCCAAGGGCGCAUUCGUGCCUCCGCGGGCCCGCGGGAAUCAGCACUCCGUGUCGAUGUCGACUUCUCUCAAUUGACUCAGACCGAGAGCUGCUGGCGAGGGGGCCAACACGUCCGUUCCAUGCCUCGAGGUGCAUGGUGGACAAUUGGGUUCUUUAG